AUGUUUUCACCCCACCCAGUGUGGAGGAACGUCUACGUCGGGCGGGCCGGCCAAAGGUUGGCAACGUGGGUCAUUGACCAUGGGCCUAAGACUCCUGAGGAGGUGGGGAGCUGCCAGGCACUUUGUGAGAGGUACCUGGAGCCGCACCUAACGAAUCAAAGUCAAAACAAGGCACUCUUUGACAUGCAAGCACGUGGUGCAUUGGUUCCACUGAUCAAGGGUAUACCCAUUCUCUUGCUCGCAGGCGAAACAGUGAGCGAAGAAGACGAUGCCUUCGUUCACUGGAUGCACUUUGUGCGUUGCCUCAGCAGCAUUUUUGCUCUAAGGGCUAGUGCCCAAGCGGCGGAUGUGCGUCUCGAUCGCAAGCUUCGGUAUGAUUAUGUCAAGCUUAAGGCCAGAGGCCAAUUGCGCAAGCGCACGCGCUAUGCUUCGGCUACUAAGGCAGCCGCGAGUGCUGGUCAGUCUGUGGCCAACAACCCUCCAACCCGCACCACUAGUGGUGGGCAACGGCCUCGGUCUCGAGAUGACCAUGGCCACGAUGCUCAAAAGCCUCCAAAGCAUAUGGGCAGUCUGGCCGGAGGGGUACCUCAAAUUCCCAUAAGUUUUCAGACUCAGGUAUUCUCUCGACAUGAAAUUGACGACACCCAUGCUCAUCGAGCAAAGUCGGUGGCGGCCGGUGUACCGAUGGAGGCCCACGAGAAAUUGGUUUUCGAAGUGAAGGGUCUUCAAGAGGCCUUGAAUAAGUCCCAGUGCAUGCUGGAUUCGAUGCAAAGCCGCCUUCAGGCGAUGGAACAAGCUCAAACUCGGAGCGAGGUUCAGUUGGACUUGCUGAUUCGUCACCAGCAAUCCGGGGCAGUGCCCUUGUCGUCGGCGCAAGCGUUUCCAAGUUCACAUGGGAAUAACGCCGGUACGGCUUAA